GCCGUAUAAUGUCCUUUAUCGGCACUCGCUAACAGCACAAAGGCUAUACAGGGGAUCUACGUAUUUUGGUAUACAUGCGUGUAAACAAAAAUAAUGCACUUUACCCAUCAGUCUCUAAGGUUACACAGGUGAUGUUUGUUUUGUGUGUCCUUUUGUGCUUGUAUUCUUAAGUGAGUGUGGAUAUGUUUCACGUGUUUGUGCGAGCACGUCGCUCUAGGUGUGCUGUGUGGUGUAGUGUUGGCCUUAAUAGGUGCUCGCUAACAACACUUGUCCCAGCAGUCUGUGAAAAGGCAGGGAGGAGUGAAUUCUGAUCGGACAAGACUGACCAGUGAACUUCCAUGUCAAACAGAGAGGGUGCUUGUUUAUUAACAUCAGCCAGUUUACUGGCAUUGGUACAAGAAAGCCUCACUGCUGACACCGGUUGUCAAGACUGGUCUAGAGUUUUGAUUGUGCUGAUUAAUCGAUGCUGAAAUAAUGCACUCCGAAAAGGCCUUGUGGCUGGUGGGACGUGUUCAAAAACUGUCUUCAUAUACAUACACGGAGAUACCCAGAUGGGAAGGAGGCCAAUUGUUUGCUUAUUUGAGUGAACUGCGGUUGGUGGCUUCAUUAUGACACCACUUUCAAGCCUCCCCUCCCCAACCUCGGUAACUUCAGCUCCCUCCCUCUCUCCCGCCCUCUCUCCCGCUCUCACUAGACAAGGGCGGUCUGUGCCCAGGGCGUGCUCUUGCCUAUAAAACCUGGCAGGUUUCAGGAAACCGUGUGUAUGAGCGAGUGGCUUGCUUAUUUACGGGCAGCAGCAGCAGCAGAAUCUUACUGAGCCUGCGUGAGUGAAGGCGUGGUGGAUUAAAUCCUUUUUAGGCAACUUUCCGCGCUCUUUGGCAGCAACAGCGGCGUAUGACCGUGCUUAAGAUCUAUUUCUAAAAGUUCUUCUGACUAUUAGGUAUCCACUGUUGUCAAGUAGUUGGUCGGUCAGCCAAUUCUGCCUAAACAUCGACAUUUAAACAUCGGCAUUUCGCAGCGUCGAAAGAGACAAAAGGAAAAGGUUGGUCUUGAAUUUGAACUUUUGACAGUGCUCUAAGUAUAAAUAAAUUGACCGUACGUGUCAACGGAGAACGGGGGGGGGGAGAGUGUUUUCUUACCAAGGCGUUACUCAUACGCGAAUUCGUUUGCACGCAAAACGUGUUCUCUUAAAACACGCGGACAAUUCCAUUGCGUCCGCCCCCACCGGCUGUCGUCAGAAGUGGGGACUGGAGGCAUGGCUCGUGCGCCCGGGCGCCAACGAUGAUAAAACCCAAGCUUCCUCUCCGCUCUUUCGGCAUCAACAUGGUCUUCCAGUCGGUCACGCGCGCGCUAAGAAAGAAAACUCGGCCGGACAAGGACAAGGAGAAGGAGCGGCGGAGCUGCCCCGAGGAGCACCGCGCCUACCUGGAGGGGGAGCUGGCGCGAGCCCGCAUCACCGACACCGACUUCAUCCUGCUCACCGCGCUCCCGCCGGAGAUCGACCGCAACGAGUGGCUCGCGACGCACACAACAACAUUUUUCAACUACAUCAACCUGCAAUACAGCACCAUUUCUGAGUUCUGUACUCCUGAUUCCUGCUCCACCAUGUGCAUAGGGAGCAUGCCCGUGCUGUGGCAGGACAGCGACCGGGGAAAGAAGACAAAGUGCACGGCUCCCCAGUACAUCGACUGCGUCAUGUCGUACGUGCAGAAGCAAGUGACGGACGAGAACACCUUCCCCACGAAAUACGGCCGCGACUUCCCCCCGUUGUUCGAGGCGCUGGUGCGGCGCGUGUUCCGCCUGCUGUUCCACGUGCUGGCGCACCUGUACUGCGGCCACUUCCGGCACGCCGUGCAGAUGGACACGCAUGCGCACCUCAACACGCUCGCCUGCCACUUCCUGGCGUUCGCGCGCGCGUUCACGCUGCUGCCCCCCCUCGACGAGAUGGCGCCCGUGGGCGACCUACUGGACGCCCUCGCGUCGCCCCCCUCCCACCCACCGCUCCUCGGCUCCGGCCCCCUCUCUACGACGGACGAUGAGGACGACGACGACGACGACGGCGGCGGCGGCGGCGGCGGCGGCGGCGAUGGCGGCGCCGGUGAAGGUGGCGGUGGAGAGAGGAGGGGGCGGAGUAGGGGGGAGAGGAGAGGGGAGGACGGAGCGAGCGCCGGUGCCGUGGGGGCGGCCGCGGUGACGUCAUCGCCCCUAGUCCCGCCGUCGACGCAGCAGAAUCAUGUGAGCGAGAGGUGAAAGGUCGGGGUUGAGGCGAAAGGUCGGGGUUCAGGUGAAAGGCCAUGCUUUAGCAAACUUGAGCGAGUUGAAAGGUCAGAAUUGGGCGAAAGUUCAGGGUAGAGAUUCAUGGUCAGGUGAAGGCCCGUUAGGGCUGGAGUCCGGGGUCUGUGUUAGGGUCAACACAGGGACAAUUAAGACCAUGGAUAGGAAGACAAUUUAGUGUUUAGAGUCAAGGUGUUAUUAGUGUAGAUUAUUAAGGGGUAAAUUAAUUGAGGGCUAAGGUUUAGAAUAGUGUUAGGGCAGGGUUACAGUUAUGGUCAGGAGUAGGUAGGAUGGUUCGUGGCAGCCACCAGACUUUUAUCACCACCAUCAUUAUUAACUAUUAUUACAAUAUCACUAUAUUAUUGUCAUACGUAAUAUUUGUAUUCCUGCUGUUAUAGUAGUCGAUACAAUUCUUGAUAUUAUUUUCGUGAAUUGUUUUUUAUUCUUCAUUAUUUCUUGUUAUUUAUUUGUUCAAGUUAUUAUUAAUCUCGAUGGCGCUGUUUUGGCUAUGAUUUUUAGAGCUGUUUAAAUUUCAUUGUUACUAUUCCCGACGUGGCGAUCGUUGACGCCGCGUUGUUCGCGCCCGUUUGUUGUUUUGGGUCUCAUCCACGAGCGAUAAUUUUCCGUUCGUGCUCGCUACCUUGAGAGAUGGCAGCAGGGGGAGGGGGGAGGGAGUGUUUUGAGUGGAAGACGAGAAGUUUAUGUUUUUUAAUUAACGAUGGGGAAAAGAGAGAGAUACGCUCAGAGGAAUGACUUUAAGCUCGAGUCACAACACUGGCACAAUGGCAUUCAAGACGAGAACUGCACACGAACACACAGGAUUUGCAUACGCACACACACACACACUUGCGUGUGUGUGAACGUAUGAAACAGAAACAUCAAAAUUUCUCAAUCCGAGUUUUUGCACGUUUCUUUGGUGGAUCCAGGAUUUUCCUAACGGUAGCGUUUCCUAUCUUACACUCAUUCCCAUCCCAACCCAUCAUCUCGGUAUUUGGUUUCUGCAAGUUGUUCCCAGAUAAAAAAAAAAUUUCCCCAGCUCUCCCUAACCUUUCCCACCGUUUUCCUUUUGCACCAUAUUCCCCAUGCAAAAUAUUUUCCCACUCUGCCCCAGUACCACCACCGACUGGCCACUCCCAGCGGUUUUCCUCUCUCCGCUCCGUCCCUUCCCAACAUUUUUAUCUCCCCUGACCGUGUGCUCGAAUGUUUGCAACCCUUUCCCUCCAUCCCUUUCGCACACCCACAAAAUCGUGGGAUGUUCACCCAGUACGACUCAAAUGCUCCAAUCAUGUGUGAUGUCCGGGAAAGAGUGGUUGAGGCCGAUGGUGGUGGUGGUGGCGGCGGCGAUGACAGAGAAAUUUACAGUUUCGACAUCGUUACCACCACCAUCAUCGUCGCUGCAGUUACACAAAAACAAUCGCAAAACCUUAACUCUUCAACUCGGCUUUGCGCUACACUACUGCUCCCUGUCCCAUCUGGCGGGUGUGGCCUUACUUCCCGUGCACCUAUGAUGUUAUUUCCUGUGAUGUCACUCGGCUAGCCACGAGUGGAUUUGAGUAAAUUGCGGAGGUGUCAGCUAAAAAAGUGAGCGAGUUUCCAUGCCGGGCAGGACAACGCGAAAGGGGGAAAAGAGGCUUUAAUCUCAAAUUUAAACGAGCUAUUCAAAAGUCUGCGCCCUUUUCCGAGGUUAAUGUUCAUCCCUUUUCGCCACGUUUCCUCCAGGUCCCCCCCACCCCCCUCAGUGUCCACCGCAUCUGGGGCUUUCGGAAAGCCAGAAUUAGAAGCGAUGGUGAUAUAGAUAUUUACAACAAUGUUACGUGCUUGGCUGAACUUACAAAUGAAUGGGAAAAACUGCAGUUAAACUACAUAGACUAUAAAUAUGGUUAGUAAAUUGCCAUGAUAUAUUAAUUAAUGAUUGCGUCGUAGCAGCAACACUGACAUGUCUCAGUUAAGUAAAAUUAUGACGUUGCUCAUUAGUUCUCUUAAAUUUUCCAUUGCACAAAAAAAUAUAUAUAUGAACUGUCCUCCAAAGAUGACAUUCUUUAAGCCACCGUAGCUUAAAAUAAAAGUGAACUUGACUUUUGAAAACCAGUGCAGCGCUGCACUGAAUAAACUAAAAACGCAAGUGGCAUCGUUAAGUUGGAAGUGGUUUCAUUGUAACACGCACACAUGCACAUAUGCCAGCACGCACACGAAACACCCUGCCGGGCCAACCUAACAAGUGCAGAUUCACUGUAUAUGUACUAUAGCUAAAGCGUCUGUAGAUAAAUAUAUUAAAUGAAAAUUUUAAAGAAACCUGAGAUCGGAAGAUGGCACGGGGGCGGCGUGCUGUAAGAGACGAUGGCUGGAGACGGGGACAUUUCCAGCGCCACUUUUGUCGGCGAAAAUAAACGGCCCACGUUUUGCGGGGGGGGGGGGGACAAAAUCACAAAAAUUGUUUCGCUUUCUUGAGCCUCGAGUGGCUUUGGGGAUUUCAUUUGUUUUAUUUUUUUUGACGAUUGGACCCCCCCACGCCCCAAAUGUGUUGUUGUUGAUGUCGGCGUGCGGACUCGGAGCGAAAGCACUGACAGUUAAAGGAAGAUGAAAGCCAGCGUCACGCUGCGCCUUGUAGGGAGCAUCCGACGAUAUGUUUAAAACCGAUUGUUACUGACGGAAGAGCGGUAACGAUGAGUGAAUUCGCGAGGCCAUCUUCGACGUCGCGACGACAUCAUCGAUGUUGAUCGUUUUUUUUGUGCGCAAAUGAGCGAUGAUCGGAACAAAGUUUUUUCCACAACAUGUGUAGAAGCAUGGCCUUGCCGUGCUCGCCGCAAGAGUACAACCACCGUUAUCGCAGCAAGUGAAAGUAAACCGGUGCAACGGCAAUGACAUUUGGUUGCGACAGGAUGUUGCUGACAAUUGGAAAACAAAAUUACUUCGGCUGGUUGUUGAGUUGACUCGUAUCCAUCGUCCGCAUGCUCCGAGGAAAGACCCUGGAAUAAGUGUCGCAGGGCAACUUCCAAUUCCUUCCUGGGCACGUCUGGUUCAAUACCAACCGCUCGACAGUGCGUUCUUCACCGCACGGUGAUUUUUUUGUGUCAGCAUUGUGCCUCUGACGAGUGUCGAGAACAUAGGCUUAUUUGAGUUAAGUGUAAAACCAAUCUCUACGGUUGGCGUUUGUUUUUCAUGCGAGAUGUUAAGCGAUUGGGCCCGAGACCCUGGACUCGCUAGAGUACCCGGUUUAAUCAGUGGUGGCUUCCACCUGGAUUUGAACCCAGAAUCUCGGAAGUGCCAGACUCCGUGUGCUGACACAGCCAUUGAGCCUCCUGAUGGCAGUUAGCCACAGCGAUUUGAUUUAUUGUUGUAGCAAUUAUUUGUUUUUUUUAGUUUUCAUUACCGGGGGCAUUCCAUGACUUCUUUGGCCAAUGCUGAUAAUGAUUUUGUUUUCCCUUAUAAAACGUGUCGACUUCUUUCACCUGCUGUUGAUCUUAGCUCGACGUGUCUUUGAAGAGCAGUAUCUCAAGCAAGCUUUGAUUACAGACGUUACAACUGGUGAUUCUUUAAUCUCUAGGUCCUUAAUAGCUCCCGCGCAGUCCAACCGCAGUGGACGAUCGAUAUUCCGUGGGUGCGAAUUUACCGUGCCCACGCUCACUUUCUACGCUCACGGCCGGGUUCAUUGGCCGCUCCUCACUCGCCCGGUUGGUCAUUGCCCGUGCGACUGCAAGCACAUCGGGCGAGUGAUCCGAUUACUUUAAGAAGCAAUUAAAAUAGGUGACGUGUGCUUCGUCUCUCUCAUUACGUUCAACACGGCUAGCAACGUAUGGAUAGAUUAAUGCGUAUAUGUUUUGCAUUUUCCUUGUGUUUUUUUUUUGUUUGUUUCAUCUGGGUCAGCCCUUCUCACCGUUUUUACCCUCUUGGAUAAUCGAGAGUUGGACGUACAGUUACACGUGCGCUUGUUCGUUAGGUUCAUUGGUGGCCCUUCUGUAGAACAGAAAACUCAAGUACCCUGAGCGAAUUGUCACAAUGGCCCCGUUUCGUACAUAAACUGUCAGCGACGUUAAGAGGUUGAGGAGAGGGCACCCUACUUUAAAGUGCACGAAUGUUUCGGGACCAUAAUACUGUGUCGGCGAAAUAUUCACAAGGCUGAAUUGAAUGAAAAACGUUCCUACAGUAUUGUUGGAUAAUUCGUUUUUUUGUUUGUUAAACUGCAGUUGUACUCUUUAAACAAAAACUGAUUAUUUGUAUUGUUUCUAAGUUGCACUUGGCCGUCAAUUCCUUGCACUAACUGUGCUCGAGUAUUUAGUUUUUGGGGGGUGUGGGGGAGUGUUCGUGUUUGGUUUUGUGUUUUAAUUUUAUUUGAAUAUGGGGGGGGCGGUGAGGGCGGUCGGGGUGGUCCUCCGUGGUUUGAGACACGGCGUGGUUUGAGACACGACCUGGUUUGAGACACGGCGUGGUUUGAGACACGGCGUGGUUUGAGACACGGCGUUGUUUGAGACACGGCGUGGCUUGAGACACGGCGUGGUUUGAGACACGGCGUGGCUUGAGACACGGCGUGGUUUGAGACACGGCGUGGUUUGAGACACGGCGUGGUUUGAGACACGGCGUGGUUUGAGACACGGCGUGGUUUGAGACACGGCGUGGCUUGAGACACGGCGUGGCUUGAGACACGGCGUGGCUUGAGACACGGCGUGGCUUGAGACACGGCGUGGUUUGAGACACGGCGUGGUUUGAGACACGGCGUGGCUUGAGACACGGCGUGGUUUGAGACACGGCGUGGUUUGAGACACGGCGUGGUUUGAGACACGGCGUGGUUUGAGACACGGCGUGGCUUGAGACACGGCGUGGUUUGAGACACGGCGUGGCUUGAGACACGGCGUGGCUUGAGACACGGCGUGGUUUGAGACACGGCGUGGCUUGAGACACGGCGUGGUUUGAGACACGGCGUGGUUUGAGACACGGCGUGGUUUGAGACACGGCGUGGUUUGAGACACGGCGUGGUUUGAGACACGGCGUGGUUUUCACCGCGGGGCGUUCGCGUCGCUCUUCUCUGUGUUGCAUAAUUUUCGUUAAGUUUUUUUGAGUAUCGAGGGACGAUGGAGGAGGAGGAGGACCAGGGCUGCUUUCGAAGGGAGAGAACUUGGCCACGAUUUUUGUUCCAUGCUGCUUUGUAAAUAAAAGUCCUAUCCAAGC